AGUGUUUCUCCAUUUUCACUCCAAAAUCGAAAGAGAAGGAAGCAGAGCUGACGCUCAGAACAGCGACCUCAGGCGCACCGAGACGCGCAGAGACGCGCAGUUACAUCCAGAAUGGCGCUAUCAAAUGUCCUCCAAACUCCGGCAGCUGGGUUUAAUUUCGACAACGCGGCGAGGAAUACUGCAUUGGAGGGACUGUUUGACGGAGGAGAAACUCCAAAACCUCUGAAAACAGGCACCACCAUAGCAGGAGUGGUGUUCAAGGAUGGGGUGGUUCUAGGAGCAGACACAAGAGCUACCUCCAGUGAAGUGGUGGCCGACAAGAUGUGUGCCAAGAUCCAUUACAUCUCUCCAAAUAUAUAUUGUUGUGGAGCAGGUACAGCAGCAGACACAGAGAAAACCACCGAGCUUCUCUCCUCCAACCUCACCAUCUUCUCUCUGAACAGCGGGAGGAAUCCUCGCGUCGUCAUGGCCGUCAACAUACUGCAGGACAUGCUGUACAGGUAUCACGGCCAAAUUGGUGCCAAUCUUAUACUGGGAGGAGUAGAUUGUACUGGGAACCACCUGUACACAGUGGGGCCAUAUGGGAGUGUGAAUAAGGUGCCUUACCUUUCAAUGGGAUCGGGAGAUCUGGCAGCUCUUGCAAUUUUGGAGGACGGGUUUAAACCCAACCUAGAGCUGGAGACGGCGAAGGAGCUGGUGAGAGCUUCCAUCCAUGCAGGCAUCAUGAGCGACCUCGGCUCAGGCAACAACAUCGACAUCUGUGUCAUCACCAGAGAAGGAGUGGAUUACAUCCGACCCUACCAGGAGUCAGAGUUCAAAGACAACAGGAAAAUGAAAUACAAAUAUCGUCCGGGCUCGACACCAGUUCUGACAGAGAAAGUAGUUCCCUUAAAGCUGGAGGUUGUUCUGGAGACUGUGCAGCAGAUGGACACAGCCUGAACUACAGCACACAACCAACACAAACACCACAGCAUUUAGCAGUUUAUCUGACUUCCUCUAAGUUCAUUCAGUUAUAAUGAAAGUUUUGAAAUGUGAGUAGUUACACAUCUCUGACAUUUUACAACACUGUCAUCCUCAUUUCUGCUGCUGUGCUUCAAUGUGAUGUGAAAUAAUUCAUAAAACUGUAACACUGCAGUGAGUAUGGAGGCUGAAACAAAGCCACACUGAGAAGAUCUAACAUGUUCUUUGUCAUAUGGAAUAAUGAUAAAUAAAAUCCUGUUUACAAACUC